GUUCUCCGAGUCGAACCUGGCUGACAGGUCCAAACUUUGCGUAUACUUUCAGAAACGCCCAUCUCUUCAGAUCACGGAAGCAGGAAAUGCUGGUUUCUGGUGCACCUGACGCAUUGUCAAACCAUCUAGUUAAAACAUAGCAGGGUGAAAUAAUUCGUUCAGCCAUCGGUCACCAUGUCAGAGAGAGAUGAGGAAACAUUCAAGUCUGUGGACUUGAAGCAGCAAAAUCAAAAGUCUCCAGUCUUGUCAGAGAAAGAUGAGGAAACAUUCGAGUCUGUGGACUUGAAGCAGCAAAAUCAAAAGUCUCCAGUCACAUCAGAGAAAGAAGUUGAAACAUUCAAGUCUGUGGACUUGGAGCAGCAAAAUCAAAAGUCACCGGUCACUAUGUCCGAGAGAGAAGAUGAAACAUUCAAGUCUGUGGACUUGAAGCAGCAAAAUCAAAAGUCUCCAGUCACUAUGUCAGAGAAAGACGAGGAAACAUUCAAUUCUGUGGACUUGAAGCCGCAAACUCAAAAGUCUCCAGAACCAGACAUCUAUCCUCAACAAUCUCCCAGUGAAACAGAAAAACCCAGCACACCUGCUUCAGAGGCCAAGGCAGAAACCACCCCCUCUCCACGUGUCUCAGCGGUCAAAUCUAAAUGGCAAACAUCUACACAACAGUUUAAAGUCAAGAAAUUUUUUGUCCUCAGGCCUGGAACAUUGGACCAUGGAAUUGAAGAUGUUAAAUCUCUGGUGGAUCCCACAGAAGAUGGUGCUGUCCAGAGUGUUUGGCUCAUGGCUGAGAUCGAUCAUUGGAACAAUGAGAAAGAGCGUUUGGUGCUCAUCACAGAGAACACCCUUCUCGUCUGCAAGUAUGACUUCAUCAUGCUUCACUGUGAGCAGAUCCAGAAGAUUCCACUCAACUUCAUCGACCGUAUCAGCCAUGGUACCUUCUGCUUUCCACCAAAUUCCCUCCUGAAGAGAGAAGGUGAGGGUGUGCGGGUGUUUUGGGAUAAACUCCGAGAGCCAUCUUUCACGUCUCGUUGGAAUCCUUUUUCUGUUGACUAUCCUUUCUGUUCAUUCACCUAUCACCCUGUCCGCGGUGCUAAUGAGCAGCUGGGUCACCUGUGUGAGAUUCAAAGCUUCAGGGAGGAGCUGACUUUAGCAGCGCAGAAAGCCCACAGCAAGAAUCCUGUACCUGGAAAAGCCAACGGUGUUCUUGUGCUGAAUCAACCCAUUCUAAUCGAAGCAUAUGUGGGUCUGAUGUCUGUCAUAGGCAACCAAAACAAGCUGGGCUAUUGCUUAGCACGAGGCAAUAUUGGUUUCUGAGGGCACUUUGAGUCUUCCAUUGAUGGUUUACACUAAGUAAUUCUCUUGCACCAGCUGAGCAUGUGUAAUUUAUAUUUGAAUUUAGUAUAUUUUAAAUAUACGGAAGGAUGUGUAAUUUCUGUUGUUAAAGGAGUAGUUAACUUUUCAAAAAACGUUUGCUGAUAAUUUACUCAC